AAUGGUUAAUUAUAAAGGCUUGAAAAGAAUAUAAAGUCUUCAUAUCUCUCAAAUGGUGGAACUUCAUCUGAGACGAUGGAGGUUAUUAAAACUCUAUUUCUUAUUGCUUUCUUCAGCUCCAUUAAAUGUGAGCCUCUUCAAACAAGUUUACUACACGCAGGUAGGAAACCCCAUCUCCUGCCCGUGUGGCCCGACGUUCUUACCUCAGGUUCGGAUUUCAACACAUGAAAGUCAGGGGCAUAAACGCAUCCAAACCACAGCAGCAAACAAGACCUUUUUUCCAGCCAGGCAGCAUAUUAACCGCCAGGAUCACUUGGAGGAAACCCUAAGAGACGCUGCCAUCAUUAUGGUUGCUCAGUUUCAUCGGGAUGCAGCUUAUGUCAAGGUCCAAACCAUAGCUGAAGAGUUGCUGGAUCAAGCUGAGAAGUGUAAGAGUCUCAGACCACAUGAGUCACCUGCAGAGUGCGCUCACCAGUUGAUGGGUACCUUCCUCACCCAUAUUUGCAACGACCAAGGGCUGAUGGGCAAUCAAGUGUUCAGUGACUGCUGUAAGAUGGAAAUUACAGCAAGACUCCAGUGCUUCCUGUCCUCCAAGAAAGAUGACACAGACAGCAUCGAUGUACCCCUGAUUCCAAGGCCUGAGCUGACCUGUGAGACAGAUGAGGGGACUCACAUGUCACUGAAGACAAGGUUCAGCUAUGAAAUUUCUCGAAGGUAUCCAUUCUUAUACGGACCCACUAUCUUGACCAUGUCUGCUUGCUAUGAAACAGCUGUUUGGUCGUGCUGUCAAGAAGAAAAUAAAACCGAGUGCCUGCAGACAAAGCUAGAACCCAUCAGAAGAUAUAUUAGAGAAAUAUCUGUGAGACAUCAUCAUUUAUGUGAAAUCAGGAUUAAAUUCGAUGACAAAAUAGUAAGAGCCGUAGAAUUGAUUCUGCUCACUAAAAAGCAACCUAAAGCCAACUUUUCUGAAAUUGCCAAACUGACCACAGAUAUUAAAAAUCUGCAUGAGAUCUGUUGUGAAGGAAAUACAGUGGCAUGUGCACUGGGCAGGCACCAGCUUAUGAACUACACCUGCUCUCACCAGGCCAUCUUGUCCAGCAAGUUUGCUCAGUGUUGUGAACAGCCAGAACCAUUCCGUGGGGAGUGCAUUAUCAUCUCAGAAAAUGAUGACAAGCCCAACCUGACAUCCCUGGCACUCAGAAAGUUUACCGAAGACCAGUCUGCCUGCAAACAAUUCAGUGACAAGCAGGAUGACUUUCUACAAGAGUUUCUUUAUGAAUAUACAAGAAGACACCUGGAGUUGGCAGUUCCAGUGAUUUUAAGAAUACUUGCAACAUAUAAACAGUUACUGGAGAAAUGCUGCAAGUUAGGAAACCCUGUGGAAUGCCACCGCCGUGGGAAAGAGAUGUUCCAAAGAGUGGUCCGUGAGAGCCGUGACCGUGUGAAAACUUACUGUGACUUACACAGGACGUUAGGAGGCAGUAACUUCCAGGACAGGUACCUAUGUAACUUUGGUAGCCUCCAUCCUGCUUCCAAGCCCAGUUCCCCAGCUGCUGCUGAGGUCAGGGAGCAAAGCAGCCCUGCAGGGCCACCAUGGACUCUCACACCUGACCAUUUUACCUCGGGGCUUUGACUGGGACUUGGAGUCAAAGCUGCAAUAGAGAUUAGAAUCCAAAAUUCCUUAGCACUCGUAAGUCAGGUUUUUCAGGCAAGGCUAGUGUGUUGACCAAGAUGGAUGCCUUAGUUAUUUGUCAAAGGGAAUACGAACACCUUGGGUACAGAGAGCCUGGCGAAUCCUAUUUAUCAAGGAUUAAGUAACCAAAAAGUAAAGCCCACUUGAGGAAUUUCUGAGGUCUUGCUAGAAUGGUCUGUUUAGAAACACAGUAUUAAGAAAAGUUCAGUUUGAUAUAGUAUCUCAUAAUAUCGAGUUUAAAUUAAAUGUCCAAAAUAAUGGAUCACAGACAGUAUCCUGGCUCUUUGAGGCAGGGUUUUGGGCUCAGUGCUUUCCUGUUAUGUUGUGUUCAGUUGCUAAUGUCCAUUGUAAAGAUUAGAUUUGUGGCUCUCUCAGCUUUAGAAUGGAAUAAAAUCUUCCAGAAGACAUAGAACCCAGGCCCGAGAUUCUCCCUGGCUGCUGUAGAAACUCUCCUUCUUCCGUGUGUUUUUGUCUAGCCAUGCAGCAGUUAGUUCUAGUUGUUUGUGGUCUUGAACAAGCCGCUCUGCAGUCUUUCUCUUCAAGACCACUCCACGUCGCUCUGUCUUCAACACUACUUGCUAUCCCAAGUCGCCUCAUUUUCUUUUACUUGUGUUACCAGAAUGACUUUAAAACAGUGCGAUGCUCUGCUUUGACUGUUGUGAAUCUUCUCAAAGAAGCCAUUACCUUAAAAAUGAUGCAAAACUGAUAUCAUAUCUAACCCCUCUCAAAAAAAACAAAAACAAAACAAAACAACAACAACAAACCUCACAGUCAAUGACUUCCCAAAUCCCACAUCCUGUGCCCUUUCACCUGGCUCAUUUAGAGGCAUUGUCAUUUCUCAGUUCCGAAGACCUUUCCUCAGGAUACCCUGCCUGACCUCCUUGAUGAAAAAGAUACCAUCUUUUAUGUCCUGUUAGGGAAAUAACAUUAAAAACAAAAUUUGUCAAGGUAAUAUUGAAGUAGAAUAGUUUCUUCUUAAUUGAAUAAAUAUUAAACCAGAAAGAAGUCCCAGUCCCUGGCCACAGCUAAGCAGACACAACCCUUUGUGCACAGGAACUGGUGAACUCGUUCUGAACAAUGACUAGCGCUCAAGAUGAUUUGACUGGUCUGCUUGCCAAAACUCACCCUAGCUUUACCUGCCAAUUUACAAAACUCUCGUUCACUACGUCUCUAGAGAUCAACAGCCCUGCCCCACCCCCAAAACCCUUCUUACAUCUUUAAGCAAGGAGGUCCUUUGUAGCUUGCAAUAGGAUUCUUCCCCAACAUAAGCUCUCCCCACAGCCAAGAACUGGGAGAAAGGGGGAGCUGCCUGUCCCUAAAUCCUGGGUUUCUGAAGAAGACAUUGCUGACUCAUAAAGCUGAUGAAAAUGUAGAUCAGUUUUAAUAUGUGCGUUGUGUGUGCUUCAAUGAGAGGAGAAAGUCUUCUAAGGUUUUCUGAAGUGGUCGAACUAAGAAAGAUGGAGGGAGGCAGAGGCAAUUCCUUCCCUCGUUUCUGGUGGUGGGAGACUUGAACUUUUUUUUUU